AUCAGCUGUUUGAGUGUACAUCUCGUGUUGCGUAUGUUUCAUACAAAAAAUAUUGAUUUAUUUGUGAAUAAUAUUAUUAUUUAAGUUCUUACCCGACUACUGUUACAAGAAUGGCUUCUAGGUUCAGUGGUGCUCUGCAGCUGACCGACCUUGACGACUUCAUUACUCCGUCACAGGAAUGUAUAAAACCCGUAAAAAUCGAAAAAUCGAAAGCAAAAACCGGAGCAAAGAUAAAGAUUGGUGAUGAUGGCUACUUCGACAUAUCGAGUGGGCGGGAACAGAAGUUGCAGAAGGUUGAGAUCACGCUGGCGGACUGCCUCGCCUGCAGCGGGUGCAUCACAUCCGCGGAGAGUGUGCUGGUCACACGGCAGAGCCAGGAAGAACUGCUUAGAGUAUUCUCAGAGCGCAAAUAUACAGACAAUAAAGAAGUGACAAAGGAUGUAAGUCUAAUUGUGAUAUCACUCUCACCACAACCCGUGCUGUCUCUAGCCGCCAGAUAUAAACUUACCCCAGAGGAUGCCACUAGAAAAUUAGCAGGUUACUUCAAAAGUCUGGGCGCGGACCUUGUGCUGGAUAUGACGGUAGCUGAAGACCUGUCACUACUGGAGGCGCAGCAGGAGUUUUUACAGCGGUACCAGGACCAGCAGGCGGACCCCGGCGCCAAACACCUGCCCAUGCUCGCCAGCUCUUGUCCAGGCUGGGUAUGCUACGCAGAGAAGACCCACGGCACCUUCAUCCUCCCGUACAUUUCAAGUACCAAGUCUCCCCAACAAAUCAUGGGGUCGCUGGUGAAACAAUUCUUGUCCAAACAGAGGGAGGUGACGCCCGGGGAGGUGUACCAUGUCACCUUCAUGCCGUGCUAUGAUAAGAAGCUGGAAGCGUCCAGAGAAGACUUCUAUAGCGAUGUCUUGAACUGCCAUGAUGUGGACUGCGUUAUUACUGCUAUUGAACUGGAACAAAUGCUGGACAGUAACUCAAAGUCUCUAAGCGACGUCGAGGGUAUCGAGUUAGACUGGCCGUGGAGCGAGCGCGAAGGUCCAACCAGCGUACGGAGACACAUCGGCUCAGGGUCUGGAGGCUACGCAGACCAGGUGUUCCUGCAUGCCGCUCACCAGCUGUUUGGGGAGACUGAUGUGCCGCUCACGUACAGAAGUUUAAGGAACCCGGACUUCAGAGAAGUGACGCUAGAGAAGGACGGCAAGGAGGUGCUGCGGUUCGCCAUCGCCAACGGGUUCCGCAACAUCCAGAACCUCGUGCAGAAGCUCAAGCGAGGCAAGUCGCCGUACCACUACGUUGAAGUCAUGGCGUGCCCGUCAGGUUGUCUAAACGGCGGCGCGCAAAUUCGGCCCGUGACAGGCGAGUCCGGGCGCGACUUGGUGCUCCAACUGGAAACCCUAUACUCGCAGCUGCCACUAGCGACACCUAGCGACAACAAGCUGCUUCGACGGCUGUACGCCGAGUGGCUGGACGGAAGAGAUAGCGAUAAAGCAAAGGCGGUGCUUCAUACUAGCUACCACGCUGUUGAGAAGUCAGAUAUCGCGCUGAAUAUUAAGUGGUGAAGGUUAGUGAGCUUUUUGUAAUAAGCAUAUCGUCAUCACUAAUUAAAGAGACACGCUCUUGUCGAUGUAGCAUUCUCCAUGCUACUUUUUUAGGGAAAAAUUCACCUCACAACCCACACGAUAGAAGAUAGAAGAAGAACGGAAAAAUAGAGCAGUGGUUUCCCUCUUGCCUUCUGCCCAAUAAGCAUAUAAUUAUAAAAAAAAAAACCCAUAAUAGACUUGGGGAGGUUAAAAAGGCCACAUCAAAGCAAUUCAUCUAAAAACGCAAUAUUGCUAUUUGAUAUUCGUGUGCAUUGCGCAGUUACUUUUAUAUGCGCAAAUAUCAAAUUGCAAUAUUGCUUUCUUAGAUGAAUUGCUUCGAUGUGGCCUUUUUAAUCCCACUGGGUUGUUAUUUUUGAAUCGCUCGUCUUCAAGUCACGUUCGAAAAUCAAUAAACCUUUGGCGGCAAGGGUUUGCUGCGGGUAUCGAGGUACCGAACAGAAAAUAGUACCCCGCUAGCCACAAGUUGGUAGUAUUACUAGGGAUCGACGAUCCGCUUGAGUCAUGUUGGAAGUUGUAUAUAUGCGUGACGCUGUGUAAACUUCGAUAGCGCAUUUCAGGACUGCAUUAUUGAAUGGUGGCGCCAUCUGUUGCAUGUGGGCGGAACUAGCUGGUCAACUAGUUGGGUCCGCCACAUACCCAUUUCACGUAGCACAUCAGAACUUGUCAUUUGCAAGAUGAGACAGGUAUAUAUUUUCGCAUGCGAGUUAAAGGCGAGCGAUUAAAAAAGCGGGUACGAAUCUCGGGUCAGGCUUUCUAGAUGUUGAGUGCAUGAUAGGAUAGUAGACAAUUGAUAUCACGUGGUUUUCAGGAUUUGUGUCCGAUUAAUGACAAUCGCCUGCUUCCUAUUGCUGUAGGCAGAUAUCACGGAAUUCCACUGGCUUGUAUAAAAAAGAAACAUAAGAAACUAGUUUUUCACUAAGCUACCCGAGUAAGAACAAUCUGUAAACUUGUAAAUAAGUAUAUAACAUGAUGAAAUCGUUAAUAGAGGUUUAUGAAGUGUGGGUACUUAGGUCAUCUUGCGAUGGAUGGGCCUUUACUAGCCCAGUUGGGUUAUAGUGAUGAGCUUAUGUUAUGUUUAUGAAAUAGCCUAACUAUGACCUGUGACCCAAGCUAACAUUUUCUUAUCUGUGACACUGAGGGUGUAUCAGGGGACAAUUCAGUUUUCCAUAAAUGUCAAACAGCGUCAAACAGGUCACAGGACAUAGUGUUAAUUAUAUUUUAUAUCAAUUGGUGCUGAUUCCUGCAAACGUCCUAAUUUUAUUUUAAGUUAUACCUGUCAUUUUCGAAUCCGCCGAAAAGGAAAGGGACGGGUAGUCUAUGGAGCACAUGUGAAUAUUAGGCAGCGACAACCCUUACAAAAUUUUAACAUUGCGUAUAACGCGACAUAAUUAUGACAGCACAUGUCAAACGGGUUGCAUAUAUUUGAUACGUUCGGGUUAGUUUCAUUCAUUUUUCAAUUAACAGCUGUCAAUCCUCUGUCCCUUUCCUUUUUGGCGGAUAAGAAAAAGACAGGUGUAACUUAAAAUAAAAUUAGGUGUUCUCAGCACCAUUAAUUGUUUUGUUAUACUUUGGUGAUACUUAUAGUUUGUAAGUAGAAUAUUUUGUUGUGAAACAGCUAGGUUAUGUGCAAGGGUAAAGAGUGUAUUGUAUCUGUUGUAUUUAUAAAUCAAAUUGUACAUAACUAAACAUAAGAGUAAUUUGAAUAAACAAUUUAAUUGUUUAA